UUUAGUCCAUCCUCUUUGUAUUGAACUGUGAUGGUCUGAUUUCUCCUGACCUUGAAUUGGUUAAUCAGCACAUUGAACUCCCCCCACACUCGAAGAAAUACACAUGGUCACGUGAUGCUGAAAAAUCACGAGUAGUUUCUUGGAAAAUGCCGACACUCUCUCGUUUCCAGAAAUGCACAAUAAUAGCAUUGGGCGCAGCAAGUGGUGCAGGAUUGUUCUAUUACGUGUACGGUAACAAAGUGAAAUCUGCUCACGUCACCAACUCCUGGACAACCGAUUUCACCCCCUCGGUCAAAUGGGAGAGCAACUGGGACAGGAGAGACCCCAAGAGUUUGGUAAAACCAAUCAAAGGGGGUAAAGAGAUUGAUGAGAAUAAAUAUAAUGAGCGGCUCGAGGCCCACAAGGCCAAAGCCGUCAGGCACCUGAUACUUAUUCGUCAUGGACAGUAUAAUUUGAAGGGAGAAAAUGAUGCUGAACGGUAUCUAACGGACCUAGGCAAACGUCAGGCGGAUUUUACUGGAAAGCGUUUAGCUGAGCUAGCCAUUCCAUUUUCCCUCGUUGUUCGAUCGACGAUGACGAGGGCUCAAGAGACUUCGAAAAUAAUUGAGAAAUCACUGCCAGGUAUUCCUGUCGAGGACGAUAGCUUCCUCGUCGAGGGUGCGCCAAUUCCCCCAGAGCCACCAAUUGGCAGCUGGAAAUCCGAGUGGCACUUCUUCCAAGAUGAACCCAGGAUAGAGGCAGCAUUCCGGAAGUACUUUCAUCGAGCAACUCCAAAACAAACGCAUGAUUCCCACACUUUACUCGUGUGCCAUGCAAAUGUUAUUCGCUACUUCGUAUGCAGGGCUCUGCAAUUUCCUGCUGAGGCCUGGUUGAGAUUCUCCCUGAAACACGCCAGCAUCACGUGGAUCAGCAUUCACCCCAGUGGUCGAGUCGUGCUUCGAUGCUUCGGGGAUUCCGGUCACAUACCCCCAGAAGCACUUACUACCAGUUAAAAAACAACUGGUUUUCCUAUCGUUUGUCGGGCAACAAACGUAAUCAGUCAAUUAUUUUUAUAAUCAGAGGCCCAGUGCCCAUGUAUUUCUUAUCAGUAUGGAGAAAUAAAAUCGUUUGAAGACUGUGCCAUUAAUAUAAA